UUGUAUUGACGGACAGGGACGUGGACUCAUGACGCGGGUCGUGCUUGUGGGGUUGCUCCUCUGCGUACCCCUGCAGCUAUGGCUGGCGUGGGACCUCAGAGACCCUGACCGAACCCUGAAGGAACAACUGGUCCACUUUAAGCGUUUGCUUGUUGACGGCGUUGACUGGUGGCGUCGAUGGUAUUUCCGGUCUUUGAACAGCGUUCGCAGUUUGUGGCGGAAAACUAGUCGGUACAAUUUGUACCAUGAAGAGUGUCCGGCAAAGGAAGUGGAGAUGUACCGGAUGUCUAAAGGCUUCUUCGGCCAGUCGCCUGACGUUCGACCCUACAGACCGGACUACCUGAAGCUGAGGAUAGGACAGGUGGUCCGAGUGGAUAAUUUCGAGAAUCCUGGCGUUAUCAUAUCAUGGGACCUCUAUGCAAGGGCUCCUGAAGACUGGCUGGCUGAGAAGUAUGGAAAGAAUUUGGAAUUACGAAAAGAGCCCCAUUACCGAGUGCUGCUAGGACAGCCCAACUCAAAAGAAGUCUAUGUUCCUCAGAGGCAAAUAAAUGUAUUAAAAGCGACGCAGGUGAGACACCCAAAGGUGUCCGAAAUCUUCCAUGGCUUCGACGGCGCGCAAUACAUUCCCAAAGAGCGGCUGAAGAAAAAUUUCCCUCUAGACUAAUUUGCUCACAAUUAACUUUCUUGAAUCGAAAGUUUCUAAUUAUAUGUUAAAGUGGCUAAAAUUAAUUGUUGUUUGUUGCAGUUCCACAUAAUAAAUAAUUGUCCACAGCUUGUCCUUUGCACUCUUAACUGCAAUCUGUAUAUUGAGCUUGGCAUUAGUGUGAAUGUAAAUUUUAAAUAAAAUUUCAUUUAAAAAAAAAAC